CAGAAAGAACAGUCAAAAUGUAGGCAGGGCACAGGACAAAGCAGUAGGGACAAAAUAUAUGUGAAAUGUCAUUUUUUAAAAAUUUCAAAUUUGCCGCCGGUUCCGGCGCCCGUACGUCCCGAUGUCACGAUGUCACAGGGACCGGAACACGGAAGCCGGAUGCCGGCAUCGGCCGGAGAAGAUGGCCGGGGACGCUGCAGGGGACAUAUCGCUGGAGCGCAGGACAAGGUAAGUGCUGCAGGGACUCCCUGAGCAACGCCGCAUGGUAAGCCCGAGUGUAGCUCGGGGUUACUGCUCUUGGUACUGAAAU